AUGCCUAUCCGAACUGCUCUUGCUCUCUCCCUUCUAUCCAGCUACGCCUGGGCCGACUCUUGGCAAGUCAUUGACAGCGACUUCCCUGACCCGAACGUGAUUCAGACCGAUGAUGGAUACUACGCGUUCGGAACGACGAGCGGCGGCAAAAACGCACAAGUCGCACACUCGUCUGAUUUCAACACUUGGGAUAAGUUGGAUACCGAUGCUCUCCCCGGCCCGUUCCCCGACUGGGUGAAGGACGAUGCCCAUCCGGGCAUUUGGGCGCCGGAUGUUAUUCAACGAAAUGAUGGAUCAUUCGUCAUGUACUUCUCCGCGGCAGCUCGCGAAGACGACAGCAAGCACUGCCUCGGAGCCGCGACGUCGGACACGAUCACGGGACCCUACGAGCCCUCAUCCGACUCCCUCGCCUGCCCUCUUGAUCAAGGCGGCGCCAUCGACGCAGCCGGAUUCAAGGACUCCGAUGGGACAUUCUACGUCGUGUACAAGAUCGACGGAAAUAGUUUGAACGGGGACGGAACGACCCAUCCCACACCCAUCAUGCUGCAGAAGCUUCAAUCAGACGCCGUGACUCCUGACGGUGACGCCGUGCAGCUUCUCGACCGCGAUGACAACGACGGACCCCUUGUCGAGGCGCCUUCCCUCGUCAAAUCUGGCGACACGUACUUUUUGUCUUUCUCGUCAAACAUGUACAACACGAAGGAUUACGAUGUUAGUUAUGCGACUGCUGAUUCGGUUGGCGGACCGUAUACCAAGGUGAACGCUCCGGAUGCCCCCUUGCUGGUGUCUGGAGAUCCCAGCAAUGUUGGAGAUUUGGGAGGUCCCGGCGGUGCUGAUUUCCGGGAAGAUGGAAAGGCGAUUUUGUUCCAUGCCUUUAACAAUGGCGAGAAUCUCGAUGAGGGGCGAGGUGUUUGGGCUGCGAACAUCAACAUUGAGGAUGGAGUCAUCCAUAUUGAGUAA